AUGAGACUUUGCUACCUUCCGCAGUACCAGAAAAAAAUGUCACCUAAAAAGAAGCCAAAAUUGUCCAAAGAGGAAAUAGCCAGUAAAAAAUCAGCCGCCGCAAAAGCUCGAUUGGAGAAAAUCAAAAGCGAUCCAGUUCUGUUGGCAGAAUAUAAAGAGAAAGAAAGAGUGAAAUAUUUAAGAAAGAAAGAGAAGGGACAACGUAAGUCUAUUCAGGAUAUGACCCCACGCGAGCAGAGAAACAUUCGAAAACAAUGGAAGAAGUAUUCAACUAAUUACAGAAAGAAGAAAACAAUUAGAAAAGAUUGUGAAAAUUAUGUUGUUCAGAAUACGCCACCUACAUCUGAAAAUGAAUCAUCUGAAGAAAAUGUAGAUCCAGAACCGCAGAUCAAUAAUAACAAUAACGAAAACUCUAGACAAGUGGAAGCUAAAAGAAGAAGCCGAUAUCAACGGAAGAUAAGAAAUAAAGUGUUACAGGAAAAAUGUGCGAUUAUUGAUGAUUUAAAAAAGAAACUUAAUACUCAACAAAAGAAAUACAAUAGGCUGAAACAAAAAAUUGAGAAAUCGAAGAAAUUACUCACACCUAAAAGUAAAAUAGAACAAAUGGCAGAAGAUCCUAAUCAAAGUAGAGAACUGGUCAAAAAGGCUUUAUUUGGCGAAGUUUUGCAAGCUCAAAUUACAGAAAAUAUUUCGAAAGUUCAAACUCAUCAAGAAAAAUCCAACUUUAAACAGCUUUUGGCUGGUCCCACAGUAGAAAAAUAUAAACUUUGGCGACAAAGUUGUAGCUCUAUAUUGUAUAACAAGAUUCGGCGCAAAAGUUUUAAAAAUAAGGAUAAAACUAAGAAAAACUUAGUAGUCCAAAUGGUUCACAGAUUUUAUGAAGACGACACUAUUUGGGCCCAUUUACAACCAGUGCUCGCGUCUUUGCCUCUUACCGUAGAAAAUCUGCACUUUUUGAGUGACGGGCCCGUAACUCAAUAUAGAAAUAAAGCAAUGUUUUUCAUACUGGCUUGUAAACUUGUAGAUUUUCAUCCAAAUGUAAUGACUUUUUCAUGGAACUACCUUGAAGCAGGUCACGGGAAAGGAGCCCCAGAUGGUGUGGGUGCAACUUGUAAGCGAACUGCACAAAAGGCCAAUAUAACAAAUGUAUGUACUUUUGCUGCCACUUUACGUGAAAACUGCCCCGGAAUAAAAAUUUCGGUUAUUGAAGAUUCUGAUAUUGACACGGUUCAUAAACUGAUCAGAGAGAAUGAAAAUAACCUACAAGCCUUCAAAGGUACACUUCUAGUUCAUCAAGUUACGGGUCACGCGUAUUUUCCAAAUAAACUUAUUAUGAAAUCAUUGAGCUGUUUCUGUAGCCCAACUUGCAAUCAUCAUAAAUUAGGAAUUCUGGAAUACACCAACCAAUCCAAACAUCUCAAAGUAGUUGAAGUUUAUAGUACAGAUUCUGAAGAAUAUAUUCCUCUACAAAAGCAACGUAAAAGCGGAACUAUAGAACAAGCAGGCAUAAGUAUGAAUUUAAAAGAUAAAAUGAAAGUGACCUAUUACAGUGGCGAUUACGUUUUAAUAAAAUUUAUGGUGAAUAAGAAAGAGUACCGGUACGCUGCAAUUUGUUCAUAUUACGAUGACGAAGAAGGAGAAUUGACUGUUACAUUUCUCAAGGUAUGUAAUAAAGAAGGAAACUUAUUUAAAUUAGAUGAAGGUGAUGUUGCUGACAUACUUUAUGAAGAUGUGAUUGAAAAACUGUCAAUGCCCUGUUUGAUUGUCAAAGGACGCCAAAAUAUACCGCUUAGAUGGCAUAGAGAUAGGGGACGACUUUUUUCUAAUGACAGCACGAAUGACGAGGAUAUCUUUAAUAAUGAAGGGAAUUUUAGAGAACUAAUACGGUUUAGAGUCGAGAGCGGCGACAAUUUAUUGAAAAAAAACUUAGAGAACUCAAAAGCGCAUGCUAGGUACUAA